CACGGUCGGUAAGUUGAUUUGUAAUUCAAUUAAAACACCAAUCUAUCGUGCCGUUGUGAGAUUCCAAACGAAAGGUAUAAACACCCACAUCGGAAUGAGGGAGGGAUAUCCUCUUCUGUACGAGAAAAGAGCUCUACAGAUUUGUUAGGUGUAUGGUUCUGUUUAAUUGUUUAAUUGAAACUUCUUUCCAGAAAGUUACAAUGUGAUCUACCAGAACACGUUGAGCGAAAAUAACGCCGAUCACCUCACAUCGUGUGAUGCCUAUAGUUCACCGGUUACAAUCCUCAAAGAUAAAAGUGGUGCGGGCGUCUCCAAAAUGGUUCCUGCCCCCAAGGUGGUCGAGUACAAAUGCGCGAUUUCCCUAGGGGAGGGUGCCUACGUCAACCUUGGUGAUUUUGCCAAGACCUGUGUCUCAGAUCCUGACGUGUGUGCUUCAGAGAGUGCGACCUGGUCUCUUUGGUUGAAGAUCAACUCUUCGGCUAUUCAUGGGGAUGAGAGAUACUAUUUUACCGCUGGAGGGCACAGUCAACAAGGCCGGGGUGUUACCUUGUUGAAAAAAGUCGACUCCUUUGAUUUCUGCGUUCGCACUAAGAAACAGGUGCCACAGUGUGUUGAGUUUGAAAAUAGCAAGAUUCCAAUGGAUAGAUGGUUCCACUUCGCUGUCACAUUCGAUCUUAUGCAGAGCAGCGCUUGGUUGAUCGUGUACCUGAACGGCCAGGAACUUCGUAUAGACGUAGACCACAGCGCUACCUCCUCCUUGCCAAUGAAGGACGGAUGCACGAAGCUACUCUUAGGAAACUCCUAUGCCUGCAAUGGGCCGCCACUUUCAUCCCUGAGGUACGGAGUCACAGCCGCCUAUAGCAAUCUCAUGGUAUUGGAUCGUCUCCUCUCGAAGAAAGAGAUGCGUAACCUCUACGCAUGUGGGUCACUGGAUUGGGAACUCAAGAUACGAAGUCUCUACAUCGAUGAUACCAACACCAAUAGCGGCAGACUUCGGUGUGUUUGCACGGCAAGUGCCUCGACCGGGCCUACGAUACAAUGGAGCGUGUACUACACGGAACGAGCGGAGUUUCACGAACUGGGUAAUUCGACCGAGGGAAUCUUUGAAAUCACACAGACCGCUUUCUCGUCAUGCGUGUUGCAGUCUAGCCUGGUGAUCGAUCAAACACAGAAACCCAUCGGUUGGAAUGAUGUCAUCGGUUGUAAGGCCACCACUGGCUCGAUGCAAGUUUCUCAGUACAUCCACCGAGGUAUGGUCAUGACCGUCAGUGGACUGACGUAUUUCGACGACUUUCCAACCAAUGGCGAGGAAAGAAAAGCAACUAACGGCAGCUACCCAUUUGUUUGCGAGACGGCUAGUCACCUGGUUUAGUCAAAAUUCGCUUCGACUCGGCAAAGUUACGUCGUGAUCAUUGCUCUGUGGGUACCAGGUAAAAAUCGUCCAAUGAUAAUGAGCCAGUUCGGUAUUUCAAAAAAGCAAGGUCAAUCGGGAACAAAUCACGCGCGCUACUACCCGUAGGGCUGCGCUGAUAGGGUAGAAUUCGCACGCGCGUCUUCAUAACCUCUUACGCGCCUCGUUUUCGGCAUGCGCUGUUGAAAGACCGAACUGACUCAUCAGUGAUCGUCUCUCGAACACACCCAGGCAUACUUCAAAGACUGUACGGAAAAUGUAACUCCCGCCAGACAAGCAGAAGGAUACGGAAUUAUUUUUAAAUGCUCUCAUUUGGUAACGUUUAUAUUACAACCUUCUGGACGGCCAUGUGACACUUGAGGACAUAUACACCCAUGUUCUUGAUUAUUAAACAGGCUUUGUCAAUGGUACGAAAAGGACUUAAAUUACAACUGUAGCGUCACGACUUCAGAAGACCGAGUUUCGUUCUGGGAGAAUACAAUGUUUGCCUGGGAUGUUAAAUGUGAAAAACUUGUAACUUUACUUUUUGCAUUUGGAUUUCUGAAUGUUAUAGCUGUGUAGUGAGUAGCUGUUAUUAGUUGUUAGUGAUUGUGAUCAUACACAAUAAGAUUGACUACUUUUGGUGUUUAUUGCGAAAAAAAAUACUGA